AAAAAAAGACAAGACGUGUGCGAAUAAAACUUGAAUUUAAGACCCAGUAUAAAUAAAUAAAGUGCUGAAAUUGUUGCGGGAGAGGAGGUAGGCUUUAACAGAGAAAGAGUGGCCAGUUCAGGCACAGUAGGAAGACUGUAAGAAGCCAGUAGGCAUGAAUCAUGCCCUGAAAGGAUUGAGUUAGAAAAAAAGAAAAGGAAACUACUAACAUGCAUUGUAUGCCUAUUAUAUUCCAGGCACUGUUAGGCAAUGUUUUAUCUUACGUUGGUCUCAUUACAGUCUUGCAAAGCAAAUCUACAAAUCCAUGUUUCACAGGUGAGGAAACUAAGACUUGGUUAAUGUUAUCAAGUAUUGUCUUUGGUUUCAAAUAUUGUCAAAUACAGCCUCUCUUGCACAACUUCUCUUUUAGACCUCUCUAUUUUCAUACUUUGUUUUUAGAGAAGUACACCAAACUCAUCAUGAUUGAAGACAAUAAGGAAAAUAAAGACCAUUCCCUAGAAAGAGGAAGGGCAACUCUCAUUUUUUCCUUGAAGAAUGAAGUUGGUGGACUAAUAAAAGCACUGAAAAUCUUCCAGGAGAAACAUGUGAGCCUGUUACAUAUUGAGUCCCGAAAAUCAAAGAGAAGAAACUCAGAAUUUGAGAUCUUUAUUGACUGUGAUAUCAACAGAGAACAACUGAAUGAUAUUUUUCAUCUGUUGAAGUCCUACACUAACGUUCUCUCUGUGAAUCCACCAGAUAAUUUUACUGUGAAAGAAGAUGGUAUGGAAACUGUUCCUUGGUUUCCAAAGAAGAUUUCUGACCUGGAUCAUUGUGCCAACAGAGUUCUGAUGUAUGGAUCUGAACUGGAUGCAGACCAUCCUGGCUUCAAAGACAAUGUCUACCGUAAAAGACGAAAGUAUUUUGCAGACUUGGCUAUGAACUAUAAGCAUGGAGACCCCAUUCCCAAGGUUGAAUUCACUGAAGAGGAGAUUAAGACCUGGGGAACCGUGUUCCGAGAGCUGAACAAACUUUACCCAACCCAUGCCUGCAGAGAGUAUCUCAAAAACUUACCUUUGCUUUCUAAAUAUUGUGGAUACCGGGAAGAUAAUAUCCCACAAUUGGAAGAUGUCUCAAACUUUUUAAAAGAGCGCACGGGUUUUUCCAUCCGUCCUGUGGCUGGUUACUUAUCACCAAGAGAUUUCUUAUCAGGUUUAGCCUUUCGAGUUUUUCAUUGCACACAGUAUGUGAGACACAGUUCAGACCCUCUCUAUACCCCAGAGCCAGAUACCUGCCAUGAACUCCUAGGUCAUGUCCCCCUGUUGGCUGAACCUAGUUUUGCUCAAUUCUCCCAAGAAAUUGGCCUGGCUUCUCUUGGAGCUUCAGAGGAGGCUGUUCAAAAACUGGCAACGUGCUACUUUUUCACUGUGGAGUUUGGUCUCUGUAAACAAGAUGGGCAGUUGCGAGUCUUUGGUGCUGGAUUACUUUCUUCGAUCAGUGAACUUAAACAUUCACUUUCUGGACAUGCCAAAGUAAAGCCCUUUGAUCCCAAAAUUACCUGCAAACAGGAGUGUCGCAUCACAACUUUUCAGGAUGUGUACUUUGUAUCUGAAAGCUUUGAAGAUGCAAAAGAGAAGAUGAGAGAAUUUACCAAAACAAUUAAGCGUCCGUUUGGAGUGAAGUAUAAUCCAUAUACACGGAGUAUUCAGAUCCUGAAAGACACCAAGAGCAUAACCAGUGCCAUGAAUGAACUGCAGCAUGAUCUUGAUGUUGUUAGUGAUGCCCUUGCGAAGGUCAGCAAGCAGCUGAGCAUCUGAUCCUGAGAGCAUCUGAGCGCCAAUUCAGAGAGAGACCUGUGGGCCAGCUCCUGCUUUUCUUGAAGACCUGGUCAUGGAGGGACAGUAGCCAAACAACAUUCUCUACUCCCAUUCCUUAAUUAGUUCUUUGGAAAUUUGUACCUGGAUACUCUAUACCAGUACCUAUUUUUUUUUUUUUUUGUAACAGCUUAGUGAAAUAUGAUUCACAUACCAUACCAUUCAUUGACCACUCAUUUAAAAAAAUUUUUUUUAAA